AUAUUGCAAGAAAUUCUAAAUGGCAAAGGCACUUAAUUGCCACCUUAAACUAGCUAUACAAAUAAAACCUUCCACUUUUUUGUUUUUUUUUCUUCUCAAGUCCUAAUUGAACCCAUACUAUGCCCCCCUCCUUUUAGUUCAUUUCCAUUCCAUCUCUUACCUUAAAUUAAUUCUCUCUUUCAGAGCAAAGAUCUCAAGGAAAUAAGAAAUAUAAAGUCUCUUAUUUUUCUUUUCUACUUUUUUUCCCCACACCCACCACCUUUCUUUUUGAUUUUUGUGGGUUCUUAGCAACAUAAAUAUGGGGCUAAGGGACAUUGGAGCUACACUGCCUCCUGGGUUUAGGUUUUAUCCAAGUGAUGAGGAAUUGGUUUGCCAUUAUCUUUACAAAAAGAUUGCCAAUGAGGAAGUCUUGAAGGGUACUUUGGUGGAAAUUGAUUUGCAUACAUGUGAACCAUGGCAGCUUCCUGAGGUGGCAAAGUUGAAUGCAAACGAGUGGUACUUCUUCAGCUUUCGUGACCGGAAGUAUGCCACGGGGUUUAGAACCAACCGCGCAACCACGUCUGGCUAUUGGAAAGCAACGGGGAAAGAUCGGACGGUGGUCGACCCGAGAACUCAACAAGUGGUAGGGAUGAGAAAGACUUUGGUGUUUUAUAGGAACCGAGCUCCUAAUGGAAUCAAAACGGGUUGGAUCAUGCAUGAAUUCCGGCUUGAAACCCCACAUAUGCCCCCUAAGGAGGAUUGGGUUUUAUGUAGAGUGUUCCACAAAAGCAAAGGAGCAGAGAACAGCACCAGGCUGAGCUCCCCAAUGAUGUUGGAACCCUCAAUUCAUGCCCCUUCUUUAGCCGACCACACCACUAUGGCUUGUGGGUAUCAUCAUCAAAUCAACUCUUUAGCCACCAAACCUGCCCAUCAAAGCCAUAGCCAAAGCUUGCUAAAUCUGCUUCAAUAUAAUUCCCAUCAGGAAAAUGACGACGACGACAAAAACAACAACAAUCUUCACUGCAGCAAUAAUGAAGUUAGCUCCAAAGUCGAUGAUGACUACGAGUUCUUGUGGGACAUGAACAUGGAAGAAAACAGCUUGGGAGAUGAUCAUCAUCAUCAUCAUCGUCAUCUUAUUCAUGGGGUGGCUUCCAACUCCGACGACAUGAGAUUUGAGAUUGAUAAUAGUAUGAUUUUCUUAUGAAAUAUGUAUUGAAUACCUUAUGAAAGAAAGAGAGGGAAAAUUACCAUUAAUUUGUUGAUUUGCGAUGUUGGUGUGGUGUUUCUCUUUGACGAUUCAAUGGAUGUUUAGAAGAUUGUGUCUUUCUUAGUAUAGGGUUUAUAUAUAUUUUUUCAUACAACAUUGGGCAUUGUGGAAAUUUUAUAUCAUUUAUAUAAAUAAGGCAUAUAUUAAUUCUUCA